AUGGCAUGCAUCAUGUCUUCUGUCGUCUUCUACCACUACAUUCAUGUUGCUGCCUACGUGAUGCAGCCGUAUCUCCAUGAGUCACGCCAUCAGCAUUCACUGCGUUGCCCACGAGUCACUGACAGACGUUUCCUGAACACAAAGAAAGAAUCGAACGGGAAUGAUGCUGGUGGAGGCAGCAAGGCAACGUUCAGCAAACCCCUUACGCGGCAGGUGGCAUCUUCAAGUUCAGAGAUCCACAAGUCAGAUCUGCCCAACCCAAGCAGCGCCUGUCGGGUUCAGAGUUGUCAAGCAGAAAUGGAAUUGUAG